AUGGAGGCAGGAACAGGAGCCGCCAUAAUAGUCUUUAAUGAUGGCACGAAAUCAAAUACCAUCAAAAGGAAGUUUUUCAAUUGGAACGCUAUUUUUCAAGCCGAAGCAAGAGAUAGUUUAGAAGCACUCCAAAUAGCAAAAAAUAACAGUAGAAAUACAACAAUUUGGACUGACAGUCUAUCUACCUUACAAGCUAUCAAAUCAACACAACACAUAAUAUUACUCAAAAAAGUCCAAAAUAUUUUAAUCAAUCAUCCACAAUUGGAAAUCUCCUGGAUAAAGGCACAUGUUGGUCAUAUGGAUAAUGAAGAGGUGGAUAAGGCAGCAAAGGAUACAGUCACAGACACAAAUCUUACAUCAAUAAAUUUGGGGAUGCCCCUAUCAUAUAUUAAAAAGAAGGAAAAAGAAUUCAUUUUAAAUUAUUGGCAGCAACUGUGGACCACACACAAGUACGGAAGAACGACUUACGAAAUUCUUCCAAAAGUUUCCAUUAAAAAUAGUAAAUGGCCAAAACAAUUAAUAGUGUUCAGAACUGAGCACGAUCCCUUUUGGACAUACUUGAAACGCUUUCAGUUGUCAUAA